CAGGUCGGAGAGAGUCAGCGCGGAAAGCGCGACGAAAUCGGCGCGCAUAGAGACGCGCGUUAAUUACCCCAACGACGAAAAUUAGUGGUUAAUAUACGCGCGUAUACGCACGGGGAACGGGGGGGUUGUUUGAUUGGGCCAAUUCGAGGCAAUUCCUGGCGAUUGCUGAUUUCAUUGAGCUUGCGCUUAAGAGUACUUUGGCUCAGUGCCACGCCAACUGUCGGCCAACAGACAUGGAUCUCUUCUUCGAAGGUGUAUCUCGACGAUCUAGUUCGUUGCAUAUCGAUCGAUCGGUGCAGUGUUAACGUGCGGUAUAUCUCUCGUUCGCGACGAUAUCGCGCGUCGCAUCGAUUUUCUUUUCUUCAUUGGAUCGUCUGUUAGAGAGAAGAGACUGUUGUGCAAACGCAUUGUAUAAAACUUUUGAUUCGUUGAAAAUAUAAAUUAAAGAAGUGAAGAAGAGAGGCAAAGAUGAAGGCGAAGGAGCCGCGAAUUGAUUUAAUAAAACGUGUAAUCAGUCAAACGUAUGUCUGGGAUGUUUUUCUCAUUUCAAUAAUAGUUCAUAUCGAAGAAAAUCUCGCCAGAAACUGCAAAACGAUGGCAGAUUUACAUAUUGUUCGCGUCACUGUUAUAUCUGAACACUUAGGAAAAUGGCAUAAGCAACAGGAGCGUAAACGCAAAAAGAUUCACAAUGAGUCGAAGGUCGACAGGAAGAGGGGGCGAUUGCGUUCGCGGGGGCCCGCGGUGGCAGAGGGGGGCUGAGGAAACGAUGGCGGUGGACCGCGAGGGACAGCAUCAUCGCGCCCGCACGAAGCAGGAUUGGCCGGGCCCCGGGUGUGGGGGCGACCUGGGCCGGCGUGCCUCGGAAAAUAUAAGCCUGUGUGAGUGGCGACUGAUUAGCCAGAGACUCAGGACGGAGAGUAGUGGCGAGAGUGUCCCGAGACAGAGAGAAGAGAGGACGAACGUUCUCUCGUAUCGGGGAAGACACAACGUCGUCGGUUCAGUUCAUCCAGUCUUCCAAGGUCUUCCGCCUCGUAUAAUAAUCGGCCGGCGCGUCGCACCGAGUUAACGCCGCUUAAAACUAAUCAAAAUUAAUCAUAACCCGGGCAACAAUUGAUCGCAAUUGCCGCGUGCGCGCGCUCCAUUACGAGCAAUCGGCUGCAACAUUGCUUCCUCCUUUUUUUCUUCCAUCGGCAGGAAGUGGGAAGAAAUCUCGAAAGAUCUUCGCGAUGAUGGGCGCGAUCAAUACCGAGGUGUGAACCGAUCUCUCAUCCAACCUCUGUUCUCGGAUUUUAAUUUAAUCGAAUCUAUGGACAUCCCCGAGAACGUAAAUUGAUGGAGGAAACCCGGAAGAUGCUUUACGGAAGAUAUAUCAAGUGGUUUGUGAUAUUCGCCGCAUUUAAUCGAUUAAAAUCCGAAAAUUAGAAAUCAAGACACAUACAAAUUCGGUGAUUAUAAAUCAAGAUUUCUAAAAUAGAGAUAAGAGUCAGUAAAAUAGAAGUGCAAAUGAAAAUGAAAAUUGUAGUACGAUAAAAAAAAAACAAUAAGUAAUUCAGUACUAUCAAAUUCAUUUCGUAAACUUUCCCAGUUUUCUGUCUUUAAACAAAUAAAGAGAGAGAAAGAGAGAGGAGAUGCAAAAGAGAGAGAAGUGAAUUUCAUAUUUUGACGAAGCGCAUAAAUUAUUGCGAGAUUUUUCAAAACCUUUCUGUAAAAAGUCAAGAGAUUUUUCAAGAUGGACGGUGCUCCCUCUUGGGACGAUCCGAUCUUCUCGGAAUUUGGAGCGCGCGGCGGAACCUCUGGAGCUCAUAGCAUCCAGGUGAUGCUGAGUCUGCAUGGCAGCGGCCAUCACGGAAGCGGCGACCUGUUGCCGACCGGCGGCGGUCAGCUUCACAAGCUGGAUUCGUCAAACAGCCCAUCACCGCAUCAUCAGGCCGCGUCGCAGCAUCAGCAUCAUCUGCAGCAGCAGCAGAAGGAGCUUAAGGAGCUCGAGUUGUCCAGCAUGUACGCGCCUUUACCGCCGCAGACGCAGGACGUCACCACUUCAACGUCUACCAGCGUCACACCAACCUCGACGAGCCUACAACAAGGUCUACAACUUGGAAAUGCGCUCAAGAGGAAGCCGGAUGAUCCGAUCAAUGCGCUCGCGCCAGUUAGCAGUGAAGCGCAGCCAGCCAAAAAGGAUUCGAAAAAGAAGACUGACAACAAUAAUAUCAAGAAAAAAAAGACGAGAACAACUUUCACGGCUUAUCAACUUGAGGAGCUCGAAAGAGCGUUCGAGCGGGCUCCUUAUCCAGACGUCUUCGCUCGCGAUGAACUCGCGUUGAAGCUCGCGCUUUCCGAAACCCGCGUUCAGGUGUGGUUCCAGAAUCGUCGUGCAAAGUGGCGGAAGAAGGAACCACCACGCAAGACUGCCGGUUACAUGGCCGCGGGUUCCGCCAGUCCCGGAUUAUCAGGCUCCUUUACGUCGCUUAACAACACCCUGAAUCCGUUCGCGUCGCCGACGACGGCGACGGCACCGCCGGACGCGUGGGCCUACUCGCCGGCGUAUGAUUUAGGGCCUCAUCUGAAUUUACUCAGCCCGUCCAAUUCGUAUUCGACUGCGGCAGCGGCAGCGGCCUUCGGUAACAAUGGCAACGUUUCGUACUCGUCGUACACGAGCAUGCUGCCGACGCAGCACGACGCCUCAUUGUUCUCCACGCCGGCCGCCGCCGGCAACACCAUGCGCGUCCACCAGGACUACAUGAACCCCGGUGGCGGCAACAGCCCGCCGCCGCCCCCCGGCGGUGCCCUCACCCGUGCCGAUUAUCAGACCAUGGUGACGGCGGCGCACUCGCCGCCCACUCAUCUGGGAAGUUCCAUGUCCGAGGACGAGCACGGCGGCUGCCUCGCGGAUAAAUAUGCGCACGAGCAGACGGCGGCCGAUUACGGCCAGCAGCAGCAACCGCCGCAACCUGAUCAGAAGCAGGACUAUGGCAUGCAUUCGCCGCAGACCCGCCAGGCCAUGAAGGACGGCCAGGUGAUGGUCAAGAGCGAGCCCGGUAGUCAGCAGAAUUAUGUGCAGUUACCUCCUUUUCUGAACUGACUCGCGGCCUCCUCCGUUCUAGAUCUCUUCUAGACGGUUUUCGCGAUCUAUACUCUGUGUUUCGCAACGAGCGCGGAGAGUAUUAGAUCCUGGACAUGGUUACUCGCGCAUCUCGACUUGAUCUAAAUCGUAGACAAACUCUUUCGUUCACUUCGGGAUAUGGAAUAUAAAAGAUCGUUACGCGCGAAGCGCUGAAAAGAAAUAUUUGUAUGAAAAGCGUCCAUUGGAGAUUCUAAGUCGAUGUGCACGCAGUAUUUCGAUGGAUGUAUAUUACGAGUAAUGUAAUCCAGGAUCGAGCUCGCGUUAAAACACGCCCGACAUGUUUGUACUUGUUUUGCUUGUGAGUGAUCGCGAGAAAUUGCGUCAUUGUGUCGCUUUAUGCGAAAGUAGUCGAUCGUACACAUCAUAUUACGUAUAAAGAGAAAGAAUAUAAAAUAUAUCCUAGAAUAUGUGUAAAGUAUCUUAUUUAAAGAAGAAGGAGAGACUUAUAAAAAGUUAUACCUUUUCGUUGCUCUACUAAUUUCUCAUCUCAAUUCGCGGAAAACUAUCUGAAAAUCAAAACGUAAAUAUAUAAAAUAGGAUCCGAACGCGUGGUGAUUAUUUACAUAUAGGAAACAGAAUAAGAAAAAAUAACUAAGAGAGAAAAGCGCCUUCGAGCGACACCUCGCGACGAUAAUCAAUAUUCUAUUCAUAUUCUAUCAGUUUCUCUCGACCGUCGAUAAAAGUAAGAAAAAGUAUAAUUUCAGAAAAGUGAUUUUUCUGAAUCUCGUCGGCUAAUGAAAGAAAGUACAGACAUCACAAAAUGUACUAUUAGAUUUGUAAUAUUAAUUCAACACGCGAUAUUUUCUGUACCUUAAAUAAUCAAUGCCUUAUGCAGUGCCUUUGUAUUAGAAAAAGAGUGGACCUUAAUCGAAAUAAUAUCGCUUUGUAUCUUGCAAUACUCAAUUUCUAUGUAAAACUGAUUUGUAAUAAAUCAAGAGUGAUAAAAUUGAAA